AUUGCGCGUGCUAGCGAACAUGAUGGGUCAAAUGAAUGAAAGGAUCUGCUGAUGUUGUUAAAACUUUGGAUGAAUAUAGUAUUAAUAAAGUCAUUAUUAUGCUAGUUGCACCAGGAAGUAUCAACAUGACACCCCGCUGAAAUUCUGGUAAACUUUACAAGAUAUGUCAUGGCGUUUCCUCAGCCCAGACCUCAGGCUCCUCAGCUUCCACAACAUCUGCUCAGGACCGUGGACUGUCAGCAAGGGGCUGUCCGAGCUGUCCGCUUUAACGCCGAUGGGAACUACCUGCUGUCUUGUGGCAGUGACAAAUCUCUAAAGCUUUGGAGCGUGAGCCGAGGGACCCUGCUGAAGACCUACAGCGGUCAUGGAUACGAGGUCCUUGAUGCUGACGGUUCCUAUGACAACAGCCAGCUUUGUUCCUGCAGCUCUGAUAAGACAGUAAUCCUGUGGGAUGUCGCCACAGGCCAGGUCACACGCAAACUCAGAGGUCACGCUGGGAAAGUCAACUGUGUCCAGUUCAACGAGGAGGCAACUGUCAUCUUGUCUGGGUCCAUAGAUGGGACAGUUCGGUGCUGGGAUACUAGGUCCAGAAGAUUUGAGCCCAUUCAGAUAUUAGAUGAGGCUCGAGAUGGUAUCAGCAGUGUGAAGGUGGCUCAGCAUGAGCUACUUACCGGGUCAGUGGAUGGCAGAGUGAGACGCUACGACCUGAGAAUGGGACAGCUGCAUGUUGACUUCAUCAGCAGUCCCAUCACAUGUGUGUGUUUCAGCCAGGACGGUCAGUGCACUCUGAGCUCCAGUCUGGAUUCAACAGUCAGACUACUGGACAAGAGCACUGGGGAAAUGCUGGGAGAGUACACAGGACAUAAGAUGAAGGGCUACAAGCUGGACUGCUGCCUGUCCAGUAAAGAUACCCACGUCCUGAGCUGCUCAGAAGACGGUCACGUCUACUGCUGGGACCUGGUGGAAGGAUCUUUGUCCUUAAAAUUGCCAGUGGGAAAGGCUGUUGUCCAGUCACUGUCCUUCCAUCCCACAGAGACCUGCCUCCUCACAGCCAUGGAGGGGCGUGUCCAGGUAUGGGGGGCAGAGCCAGAGGAGACAGAGGAGGAUACAAUGGCCUCAUAGACACGGUGAAAGUAGUCAAGGGCCACAUUUACAUGCUGAGAGAUUCACUUUUUCUGUUCAUAACUUGAUAAAACUUAUAGUGGCAUUAAAACAUUGUACUACUACGCAAUUAGUUUCUGUGUGUAAACAGCAUUGUUGGAGGUUUGGUGCCAGGUCCUGGCAAUCAGUCCUAGGUAAUUAGAGGUGAACUACCCAGAUACGCAGCAGAAAUUCAGCUUAUGUUUUAUUGUUAGUUAAAUAAAAGUUGAAAAUAACUUGAUUGAAUUUUGUACAUGAUCUGCAUGUGAAUCUAAUUUUAGUUCAUGAGUGAAUUAUAAAGAUAACUAAUUCAUCAAGGACUUAGAUUUUUGUAUGUGUGCUAAACUUGUAUUUUUGUACAAAACAUUGAAUAAACAUUUUCUUGUAUAAGUUA